AUGCAGCUGGUGGAUGAGAAGGCGGCGCUGGAAAAACGAAUGGAGGAAAUGUCAGAGGCACUGGCUAGAGAGAAGGAGCUGAAGACCAAGCACGAGGCCAGAAUCGAAGAACUUGAAAAGCAACUCGAGAAAGAUGAAACGGCGCGUCAAGAUAAAGAGCGAAACGAGGACAUGAUCGAAGACGAAUUCGAAGAAGGCAGAGCGCAUGUUGAAGAGAUGCACGGAAAGCUGGAGAACCUGUUGAAGGCAUUGGCUGAAGAGAAGGAAAAGGCGAAAGACCUCGAGGAGACACUGGCUAAAGAGAAGGGCAUGGAAGCAAAGUAUAGGGCUGGCAACAAGGAAUUUCACAGAGUUUUCGGGGGAAAUCUGUCCAUGCAUGAAGAAAUACAGCGAAUCAAACGCACAAUCACGAGGAAGAUGAAGGAAAGCAAAGUCCAGGUGGAGGAGAUGCAACGGCAAUUCGCCAGGGGGAAGGUGGAACUUGCCCAGGCGCACGCAAAGUGGGCAGAAACUGCCUUUCGUGCUCACAAGCCGAUGCAACCUCAAAUGCUCGAUUCGCCGCCGACUCAGAUACCCAGAUGCCAAGUUGAGAACGAGAGCGACCUGCUUGCCUGCUUGCACAGGAAGGAUCUGCACGUGAUCCAUGUCUAUUCGCACUCAAGAGUUAAAGUAAAAGCGAGGGAGCCGAGUGCAGUGACUUCCUUGGAUUUGGAUGCAGACUGGACGGUCCGCUUGUUUCGGCUGGAGAGGAAAUUCGGAGGCGACAAUGCAAACCUUGCCACAGCCCUUCAUAACAACUGCUAUUAA